AUGCUUUACACUCUGAUUGCCCUUUUGUCCCUGACCUCUACAGCCUGGACCGCAUACACGCCUACUCCUGUCUCAUCCACCUCAGACGGCCGUCAAGCCAGCUUUAAGGUCAUCUAUGAGUCUCCUACCUCUGUGUGUUACGCAGAGAAUCGGCCCUACCUCUGCACCCCUCCGCUCACUAACAUCGCUGAAGGUGUUCCAGUUGUCGCCACGUCCACCUGCGGUCAGGAUGGACGCCCUGAGAAGAUAUGUAGAAGUUGGACCUCCCCAAGUAGUCAACAAAAACGCACCGCCUGCGAGAUCUGUGAUCCGAGGAAAGUGGCAACUAGCCGGGGCGCAGAACGCCUUACAGAUCGUCACAUUUCCUCCAAUCAGACCUGUUGGGUGUCUGGGCGCGUUCCUUUCGGUGGAACUGUGAAUUUGACCCUGUCUUUGGGCAAGCGUUUUGAAAUUUUCUACAUCUCCCUUCAACCCUGUGGCCCCUUGCCCGACUCCAUUGCUCUCUAUAAGUCCUCCGAUUUUGGUCGAACCUGGAAACCCUGGCAGUACUUCUCAACCGAUUGCUACCGUGCAUUCGGUCUACCAACUUCCAGCGAGUAUAGCGCACAAAUCUCAUCAGCGAACAUCCAAGAGGUACUUUGCGUAGCAUUGAAGCCUCCGACAAAGUACAACUCCCAGGGUCAGAUGUCAAAUGUGAUUGCUUUCAGCACAACCAUCGGACGAUCCACUUUGCAGUCAUGGAGUCCGGCUCUUAUUGACUGGAUGACAAUGACAGAUCUCCAGAUUAGUCUUACACGCUUUCCUUCGAGACGUAAAUCUAGUGGAGGAGAGAGGGGUUCUGGCGAUCCCACGGUCGUGCUGCAUCGACGGGAUCGAAGCAGUGGGCAACGCAGAGUUUCACAGAAGACUCCAAUCUUUAGACUAGGAGGCAGUGGAAGUAGUGGUAGAUUUAUCCGCGCUGACGAGGAGAGAAUGCAAGCUGACGGAAGUGCGUCAAAUAGCUCGACAAGAUGGUUCCAAGAUAAGAAAAAGAAGGCGAAGGAAGAGGAGACGGAGGGAGAAAAAGGCGAAGAAGAGGAUGUCGUUUACUUUGCUUUCUCCGAUAUCACAGUGGGUGGGAGGUGCAAGUGUAAUGGACAUGCCAAUCGCUGUGUGAGGGAUCGAAUUGUGGAGAAAAAUUCCGCAGGUGAGGAAUUGAUUUCGUGGGGCCCCCUGCGAUGCGACUGUCAACACAACACUGUCGGUGCUGACUGCGAACGCUGCGCUCCCGGCUACCUGGAUCGACCCUGGGCCAGGGCCACCAACGAAGACGCCAAUGUAUGCAAGGGUAGGCAUUGUGGUGAUAGUUUUCGUGCUUCUUUUUUAAUCGGGGCUUUUGUCAACCUUGGGGGCACAUGUUUUGUGCUUGGGAUUUUAUUAUUACCAACACGCAACCACAAGACUCAAGCAGUUGUUGCCUUCCAGCUUUGGCCCUGUCAGUGCAAUAACCACACCAAUACGUGUAUGUUCGACAUCAAUCUCUAUCGCAAGUCGGGCGGUCGUUCUGGCGGCGUUUGCCUCAGUUGUGCCCACAAUACUGAAGGCGUAAACUGUCACGAAUGCAUCGCUGGUUUUACUCGACACCCUGGGCACUCUAUUUUUUCACCCAGUGCAUGUCAAGCCUGUGAGUGCAACCUGCAUUCGAAUUCGUGCACCUUCUCGCAGCACCUCUACCUCCUUUCGAAGAAGGUGAGCGGCGGUGUCUGCGAGGACUGCCGGCAUCAUACAACCGAAUGUCAAUGCCACCCGAUUGGCUCGAUAGGCAAUCGACCGUGUGACCGGAAAACUGGGCAAUGUCACUGCAAGCCCGGGGUCACGGGUCAAACUUGCAACCGGUGCUUGGACGGCUACAAGCAGACACGCUCCAAAAUCACACCUUGCGUCAAAGCGGUGGAGGCCUUGAUUUUCACUGGGUCGGCAACACGAUCGUCGUCGCAUCCAGCAAUCGUUAAGGAGGCAGUCGGAGAUGAAUCCUGUCCACCCUGUGAGAAGAACAACAAACGAUUUCGAUUUAAGAAGUUCUGUCGACGGCAAGCAGUUUUCCGUGGAACAGUGAUCUCGCAGGUGAUAAGAGGUGAAUUGGUACGACUUGGUGUGCGGGUGCAUGACGUUUGGCGCAAUAAGGGGAGCAUAGCCCAGCGCUACCUUCCAUCUCACGUGCGGCGAAAUCAGGCCCCGGUUAUCCCUCUCUGGGUGCCUCUCACACACCAGUUGAAGGCCCCACACUCCACCUGUGUGUGCCCUCGCUUCAACACUGACCAGGCCUACCUGUUCAUUUCACAGGCAUAUGAGGCAAGUUGUAUACCCUAUCACGAGAGCAGUGAGCUUUUGCUGGAGCAAAAAAGCACAAUAUUACCCUGGGUGGAGAGUUGGCGACGACGUCUGAUGCGUUUUGCGGUGCGUCAGGAGCGGGGUCGUUGCGACGGUCAGACGGAGAGCGCUUUUCCAAAAGUGCGUAUCAAUUCGCCGCCACGUAGAAACCUUCUGCAUCCUCACAACCCUCUGGCGAUGACUUCCAGUCAAUCACAACCGUUGCCACAGCCACAGCCCCGCACGCCCCGCCAUUACUACCCGUCACAGUCGCGAUUCUCCCGUAUAAACGCUGCGCCAGCCUGGAACCAAUACCACUACCGAUCCAUGCGUCAUGUUGAGGACAAUCCUUCUGUUGCCCAUGUUCCACCACCAUCACUUCCGUCGUCAUAA